UAGUGGUGGUCCUGGUCACCAAGUGUAUGCCGCUCCUUCUUCGGGGUUGUCCAUGUAUGAAUUAGUAACGGACCUAACAUCCUGCACCAAGAUGUAUAACAUUUCAGACGUUCCACUAGAAGUACUUUUGGGGGAUGAUAUUGGAUCAGACCUUCACUCUGUUGUAGCUUUUCUGGGAUGGUCCAAACCUUUUUGUGGAAAUUGUGAAGCAGAAAAUAAGUACUGCCAAUUGAAGAAAAACAGCACAAUCCAAGAUCAAACUGAAUGCCUCGACAUUCUUAUAACUCAACUCAGCUCAAGUACUACUGAUCAGUUUUCCAAGUCGUCGUAUUCAAUCAAGUCCCUCACAUCAUAUAUAUCUCUUCUUUGAAUUUACAAUUCUUUUGUCCUUUUCAGGUGCAUCCUCACAUUCGCAUAAACAAGUUGUUGCAGGUGAAUAUAUAGGUAUCAUCGCUGGUGUGUUCCUUCUUGUGCUAGUCGUUGUUUCACUGUGUCUUGUUAUCAGGUCAAAUAUAAGAAAGAAAGAG